AGCCCUCAGCAUUAUGGAAGCAUUCUGUGCAGAAUGUUUGUGACCUCCGUCACAAGUUUCACUUGAACUUUCAUUAAGCUCACCGUUUCUUAGCCAUCUUCAUACUUCGAACCUGCGCUAUGUGGGAUGUGAAGUGCCCUCUACGUUGGGUUAUGUUCACUAUCAUAGCUGGUAUGACAGUUGCUGGGCUAAUCAUAUUCUGCUUUGUCCUGAAGCAGUAUGUGUUUGUACCUGAUGUUUCAACAUGCCGAGUAUCUCAAUUUGCAAAAAUGCAACGGUUAUUGGUGGUGUUCCUAGCACUCCUGAUGUUAGAAUUUGUCCUUGUUAUUUUUGCCACUAUAAAGGCUGCCAAGAUUUACAGAUCGACGCCAAGACCACUCCUUACACUUCUCCUCACACACCAUACAUUCUACUAUGGUUGCGGAUUUCUCUUCAGCACUAUCAAUGUCAUAUGUAUGGUGCUGUUCGAAUACGAAUACGCCGCAAUUUUCUUCAGCCCCAAAAUAGUGAUGCAUGCAAUCUUGGCAACACGUAUGCACUACCAGCUAUGGGAGUUCAAGAACGUUCGAAAGAGUUGUCGGUCAGACCAGUACCCUAUGUCGCCGCUAUUCUGGCAAUCCCCAGAAGAGAUUGCGACGUCUUAGUCAGGCGGGUGACUUUUGCGGAACAGCGAUCUACAAGUACUUAGCACUAGUGUCGUGCACAUAAUAUACUACCGGGAAUUUGCCAAGUCCGGAGCAGAGAUGUUAACAUCCGCGUGCGUUCGAAAUCGCUCAUGAGUCAAAUUUUCAAACCGCUUUACCAUAUCUGCAUUGCCCGGAUCUCGUUGAGUAAGACUCAUGCUACUCACAAGGUUACCAGGUCUAUAUUGAUGUAGCAAGAACGGAUGAAUGAAUGAAUGAAUAUUAC